AUUGUGAAGUUACUGAAGCAAGUGUUUGUUUACUGAACCAAAUGUGAAGUUACUGAAGCAAAUGUGAGGUUACUGAAGCAAGUGUGAGGAUACAGAAGCAAAUGCGAGGUUACUGAAGCAAGUUUGAGGUUACUGAAGCAAGUAGUGAGGUAGACUGUGGGCCAAGUGUACAGCAGCAACACCAUGAGCAGAGGCGUUGAGAUGACGGGAUGUGGCAAGUGCAUCCGAUUUCUGAUGUUUGCAGUCAACUUUGUGAUAUGGGUGGCCAGUAUAGCCAUUUUAGUGCUGGGUGUAUGGACCGUGGUGGACCGGCCUUACCUGGAGAGACUUCUUGGUAACGAUAUGUACAUGACAGCAGCUUACAUCCUCAUCGCUACCGGAUGUAUCGUAUUCUUCGUGUCAUUCCUCGGCUGUUUCGGCGCUCUCAGGGAAGUCAAGUGCAUGCUGCUGACGUACUUCAUCAUCGUGCUCCUGCUCUUCAUCAUUCUACUCAUUGCUGGGAUCCUCGGCUACGUGUUUAAGGACAAGGCGGAGACAUCUGUCAACCAUGCAAUGAUGAACGCCAUGAAGGAGUAUCGCUCAGGCUCUAACAACACUUUUACUAAGGCUUGGGAUGAGACGCAACAGGCGAUGAAGUGUUGUGCCAUCAAUGAACAGGACGAAUGGGCUAAAUACAACACGGAGUUCUCCCAAACUGGCUUCAAGGUUCCAAAGUCCUGCUGUAAGAAAGACGAUACUUCCGGGUUGCUACAAGAGUGCCAGACAAGACCUAGUGAAAGUAAUUCUUUCACUGAUGGAUGUUUCUCCAUGGCAACUGACUUUGUGAAGCAACACGCUCUUAUUAUAGGAGGUGUUGGUAUAGCAGUGGCAGUUAUUAUGGUUGUCGGUCUUAUGCUGUCAAUUAUCCUCUUCAAGAUGAUUACCUAAAUCUUUGGUGUUCUGGCUUGGGUGUAUUGUGUUAGGGCCCGGGUGUGUUGUAUUAGGGCCUGGAUGUGUUGUGUUAGGGCCCGGGUGUGUUGUAUUAGGGCCCGGGUGUGUUGUAUUAGGGCCUGGGUGUGUUGUGGUGUUGUGUUAGGGCCUGGGUGUGUUGUGUUAGGGCCUGGGUGUGUUGUUAUUAGGGCCUGGGUGUUGUAUUAG